GAGGUGAAGUUGGGUUAAUCUCGAAAGGGAUCUAAUCUUAUUCCUGAACCGACUUGAUCCACACCGUUACCCAAACAGAGGCAAAAAGAAUCGCUUGAGAACAAGUGAACAACGAGGGCUCCAUUCUAAGCUGCGCUAGUGAGCUCACCGUCACCCCCACUUUCCUGUUCCUCAUUCGAGGUUUUAAAUUCACCAACCCUGUAAAACCCUAGAAGAAAAGGGGUUUUUUUUUCGUCCGAAUUCUUGAAGAUACUCACAUUUUCUCUCCAUUCACCUCUCAAAAUGUUCAAAAAGUUCUCAUCUGAAGAUGUAUCCUCACAAAAUCAAGUUAAGGCAUCGGUGCAACGCAAAAUUCGGCAAAGCAUUGCAGAUGAGUACCCAGGACUCGAACCAGUUUUGGAUGAUUUGCUUCCGAAGAAGUCCCCUCUCAUUGUUGCUAAAUGUCAAAACCAUCUGAAUCUGGUGUUGGUCAACAAUGUGCCACUGUUUUUCAAUGUUCGGGAUGGACCUUACAUGCCUACAUUACGACUUCUUCACCAAUACCCCAAUAUAAUGAAAAAACUGCAAGUGGACAGGGGUGCAAUUAAGUUUGUCCUUGCUGGAGCAAAUAUAAUGUGUCCUGGCCUCACAUCUCCUGGUGGUGUUUUGGACGAUGAUGUGGCUGAAGAAAGUCCAGUGGCCAUAAUGGCUGAAGGAAAGCAACAUGCUCUUGCUAUUGGGUUCACAAAAAUGUCAGCAAAAGACAUUAGAGCAAUCAACAAAGGAAUUGGCGUGGAUAACAUGCAUUACCUCAAUGACGGGCUGUGGAAGACUUCUUCAUUUCUCCCUCGGCUUUCUAUUCAUUUUCCUUCAUAUUCCUCAGUAAGAAAUUGUCAGAGAACUCCAAAACCAUCUUGUGAACUAACAUGGAGCGCCUGGAUUGAAGCUGCUGUGGCUGGAGGGACUGCAUUCAUCGAUGAUCUGCAGUUUUCACCAUGGGUUGCUUUGAAUGGGCCUAUGCAAAUUCCAAGUCCACAGAGACACAGCACAGACCUCCGUAGUGAAUUCAUCUAUCAAAAGCCUCUAAAAAACCCUAAUCUCAUUUGCCUCGAAGGUCGAAGAAACCCUAACUCUCAUCUCUCUAGCGGCCUCCAACUUCAACUUCUCACAAUGGGGAUCGAUCUUGUCGCCGGAGGCAAGAGCAAGAAGACCAAGCGGACCGCCCCCAAAUCCGAUGAUAUUUACCUCAAGCUUCUCGUGAAGCUGUACCGCUUCCUUGUGCGGAGAACUGGAAGCAAGUUCAAUGCGGUGAUACUGAAGAGGCUGUUUAUGAGCAAGGUCAACAAACCUCCACUUUCUCUCUCCAGGUUGGUCCGUUACAUGGGGGGAAAGGAGGGAAAGAUUGCUGUGGUUGUGGGGACUGUUACAGAUGAUAUUAGGGUUUAUGAAGUUCCUGCAUUGAAGGUUACAGCAUUGAGGUUCACAGAGACUGCAAGAGCAAGGAUUGAGAAGGCAGGUGGAGAGUGCCUGACUUUUGAUCAGCUUGCACUCAGGGCUCCACUCGGACAGAACACGGUUCUUCUCCGAGGCCCUAAGAAUUCUCGUGAAGCAGUGAAACACUUUGGGAAAGCUCCUGGUGUGCCACACAGCCAUACCAAACCUUAUGUGCGGUCAAAGGGACGGAAGUUUGAGAGAGCUAGGGGCAGGAGGAACAGCAGGGGGUUUAGGGUUUGAGUUAAUUAUAAUACUUAGUUGUGAGGUUGUUUGUCAUUUCUUACUAUGGCAAUUCAAAUUUUGCUAGACUUCUAGGAAUCUAUUGAAGUCAUUUGUGGUAUUUUUAUGUUCUUAUGGGUUUUCAUUUUUUAUUUGGACAACCGAACACCUGCUUAAGACUUAAAUAUCAUUUCCCUACUUUGCAA